AUGGCUACGGCUGUGCGUUGCUACGACGCUGAAGACAUCCAAGAAGCUCGGAUCUCUUUGCAACAAGAAGCACACAGGAGUGAAUAUGAAUUCAAGCUCUAUCACCAUACGAGUCUCAAAUGGGUUUGGGAUAUCCCAUACCGGAAUCUGGACCUCGACGGAUCGUAUGGCCAAAUACGCUGCGGUAUCACACUGCCAGAUCCAUCCAAAUCUGGACGUCUUCGCUAUAUCAUGAUUCAUCUAGUCGAUCCACAUUACCGAAUCUGCUCCCCCCGGAACGUACCACCACGACAACAAAUUGGUGGCAGGCAUCGGGCCGCUGUGGAGGCCUCCCGCCACCCUGUGUCGCUACUGGAGGAAGGAAUAGCCAUGAUAGAAAGACUGAAAGAUGACCUAUCAAUGGGCAUGGCGGAGGCCUUGACAAUACGCAGUCAGACAGAGUCUGAGCGAGAAGAUGCUAUGAAGAGCUUGUGGGAACAAUGCUGCACUGAAGCACAUGAGAAUCACCUAGUGCUGGCAACAACGGACGGAACUCCCAGCGAGUAUUGGCAAUGCCCCCUUGAUUUUUGA